UUUUCGCCCCCAUUUCUUGUUUCGUGCCCUAGAAUCUGUGUUCCUAGCCGCAACAUGCUGCCCAGGCCUCAGUUCUCCAUUUCGCCCAGCAAAUCUCUCCCCAAAUCUGGAUCUUUCGCUUCUUCUGCUCUCCAUCUGGCGGUGAAUCGUGUGAAUUCUGCUCGUUUUUGACAGACUUGUCGGUGUAUUUCGAGGUUCAUGAUUUUUUUUCGUUGAGAUGGUUGUAUUGUCAAAUUUGUUUGGGUUUAUGGUGAAGCGGAGUUUUUGAGGGCGAAUGGAAUCGGCGGUGAAGGUAGCUCUACCUGCGGCGGUUGCGGAGGCGAGGCUCACGGGGUCAGCGGAGGGUUUGGGCGGCGGCGGCGGCGGCGGCGGCAGUGAUGUUGUGGUGCGGGAAUUACGGCUUCAUAAGGAGGAUUUGUGCAGCCUGGGGGGUAAAAAAGACGAUGUUCAUGCUGCUAAUGCCUCAGAACCUCCUGCUUGGCACAAGAUUUCCAAUCCUGAAUUACGUGUGGAAGUAUGUCGACCCUCUGACAGCAUGCACAGUAAUGAUGCAUCCAAUGAUCAUGGCCUUCAGACCAUGAAUCCUCAUUCUUCAGAUAAAGAUACCAAACCUCUACUGCAGAAAUCUUGUAAAGUAAUAAAGUAUAAUAGUGGGUACAAUAAGAAAUCAGGUGUAAUACAGAUGGAAGGUUGUAGAAGUAAAACUGGGCAGGAUGAGACUGUAGUUUCUCCUGAGCUAGCUUCACCACCAGUAAUCUCUAACAUUUCAGAAAAACAUCAAAUGGCUAAGCAAAAAAGUUCAACCAGUAGGCGUGGGGAUAAACGAAUUGGUAAAGUUAAACAGAAGACCAAAUCUGACACAUUGUCACUGAAGAAUGGCUUGGUUGCUUUCAAUUCAGCUGCUGGAGGAAGUAACUUUUUUGGAAUGUAUGGUUUAAAGCCUGAUGUUGUUGACAUCACCAAAUAUGCCAGUGAGCAGCCUUUAGAUGUGCUACUUCACGGAAAUUACACCUGUCUCAGUUCUGGCAAAGACAGAGGAAAAACAUCUUCCGAUUCAAACAAUAAUCUUUUGCAGUCAGUUAGGAAGGCAUGGUCUAUCAUUCAACCUCGGAAGGUCUAUACAGUUCAACUUGGCUCAGAGACUGAUAGCAGUAGUAUCCAAAAUUUUUCUUCCAGCAUGGUUUUAGAUAAUUCUGAAGAAAUCCAACCUGAGUGUGACAAAGUAGAGAAUUGUGUUGCUGAUCCACCUUCUUCUGACCCGGUUCAAGAAUCCGAUAGCAAUAUCAAAAAGUUCAACUUGGCCGAAACCUCACUGUACCAACCUAAAGAUAUGCUGGAUCAUAUUGUGCUUCCUUCCCCAAAGGAUUUGGAUUUAUUACUCUCAGAAACCAUUAAAACAAGUACACCAAAAAAUAGCACUGAUGCUCGUUCAGUUAAACCAAUAUCAAACCGAACUGGCCUGCCGCCGUUUUCUUGGUCUACUUCUUUUUCUGCAAAUAGCAAGUUGGGUUCUGAAGCUAUGAAGUUAUCCUUAAACCGAGCAAUUUGCCAAGGUGGAUGGUUGAAGGUUAAUAAUUCCCCUGCUCUGCACAAGGAUGUUGUUAAUUUACUGGAGGGCUUUGAAUCCCUGAGUUUUAACCAGACUUUAGUUCCUUCAUUUACGCCUACAUCUGAUCGCCGGGAGUGUGAAAUUACUCGAAUUGAACGGGCUUUAUCCACCUCCAGUGUGUGCUCGACCUCAAAGGCUUUUACAGACGACUACUCUCAGGUGUGCUCUGCCGCUCGAACACUCCUCGACUUAUCCUCACACUCGAACGGUCUAAACCCCUGUUCGACCACAAAGUCCCUGAAAAGACCGGCGUGGAUGGCCAUGAAAGCCAAAUCAAAAGUAAUCGAGCGACCUAAACCAUUCUUUAAUCCCCCAAAACCGACAAUCCGAUCCACCAUUCCAAUAAAAGCUCCGGAAGACGGCUUUCCUUCAAAGAAACCCAGACCCUCCUCGGACAUACCCGAUCGUUAUACCGAACCAUCGAGAAAGGGAACAACACUACACUGGCCCAUCAAAUCGCCGCCCGGGAAGCUCUUCAGGGACUCGAAUAAGUCAGGUACGGAUGCUUAUCCUCCCAACCUCGUUAAAAAAUCUAUUUCGAUGAAACCACCUAGGUUCGCGGAAAGGCCACCCGGCCAUGGCAGUUUGCAGAAGUUCAGGAAGCUAUAAUAGCUGUGAAUCGACGAUCAUCUCGUCUAAUCUAUAUUGUAUAAACCCGAGAGGCGCCCCUCCCCAUUCGUUUGAUGUUUGUUUCAUGUUUUAAAUUUAUUGUCGUCGCGUGUUUGGCGCCGUGUACAAUUUGGUAGAUCUUUUUGUACAGCCUUUGGUUCGUGUUCUGUGUAAAGCGUCAGUGUUUGUAAUAUUUCCUGCGCGACGUUGUUCGUGUUGUACCGUUGUUACUUUGUACCAUUGUAAGACGGGUAGCCUGCCCUUCGAGCGGCCGGGAA